GUCCCCCAGUCAACAAUCUGUAGCUGCCUUAAUUCCACAUUUCCAUCUCUCUCUCUCGCUCGAUAUACGGAGUAUUUCUCUCUCUAUAACAAUCUAUAUAUAGUGGAGUCGACUCUAGCUAGUUCUUCACACCAUUAAUUAAGCAAGUUUUAAGGGUAACAAGAAAUCAUCGAUCCAGCAAUGGCCCUCGCAAGCCGGAGGGCAACCUCCCUCGCGGCCCUUGUCUGCGUCGUAGGCUUCCUCGCCGGCCCGGCCGCGGCCGCGGGGAAGACCGGCCAGGUGACCGUCUUCUGGGGCCGGAACAAGACCGAGGGCUCUCUCAGAGAGGCUUGCGACUCCGGCAUUUACACCAUGGUCAUCAUGUCCUUCCUCAACGUCUACGGCCACGGCAAGUACAGACUCGACCUCUCCGGCCACCCCAUCGCCGGCAUCGGCGAUGACAUCAAGCACUGCCAGUUCAAGGGAGUCCCGGUGUCGCUCUCCAUCGGGGGCUUCGGCGCCGACUACUCGCUCCCGUCCAAACAGUCGGCGCUGGACCUCUUCGAUUACCUCUGGAACUCCUACUUCGGCGGCUCCAAGAAGGGCGUCCCCCGCCCCUUCGACGACGCGUGGCUCGACGGCGUCGACCUCUUCCUGGAGCACGGCACACCGGCGGACCGGUACGACGUUCUGGCGUUGGAGCUCGCCAAGCACAACAUCCGCGGCGGCCCCGGGAAGCCGCUGCACCUGACGGCGACGCCGCGGUGCACGUUCCCGCCGAGCAGCUACCUCGGGCGGGCGGUGGCGACGGGGAUCUUCGAGCGCAUCCACAUCAGGAUCUACGACGACGACAACUGCGAGGCGUACUGGCAGCUGGCGUGGGACAAGUGGACGGCGGCGUACCCGGCGACCCGGUUCUACGUCGGGCUCACGGCGUCGGAGAUGACGCCCGGGUGGGUGCACCCCAAGAACGUGUACUACGGCGUCGCCCCGUACGUGCAGAAGGCGGAAAACUACGGAGGCAUCAUGAUCUGGGACCGCUACUACGACAAGCAGACCAACUACAGCAGCAUGGUCAAGUACUAUGCUUGACCUUGAUGUCUUGAUGGGUGGACAUUUCGAUCUCCAUCCAGCCAUGCAGCAUCACUACUGUCUCGGUCGGUCUGUCUGAUCGCCUCUUCUCGAUCGACUUGCAUGCGUCGUCUGUCUGUGGUAUGGUAGUGUGUGCUUGCAAGAAAGAAUAAUUAAAGUGAAGAAUAAACAACAGUUAAUUAUAUAUCCAGGUCUGGUUUGACUGUUA